UUGUAUGUGUGAAAGCAAAUGAAGGCCUUCAUUGCUUCACUGGUCCCUGAGGAGUACUGUGAGGCAGUAAGAAACAUCUUUUUGCCUGAGAAGACACCUCUUGAGUUACCAGCUAUUAUGCUGUAGUGGGUGGCCAGCUGGUUUCCUGGGUGGCCAGUUGGUGGCCCAAGGAGAGAACUAGGCAGUUCUAACUGGCCACUGGAAACAGUACCAUGUGUUGGGUGGAACCAGCCUAGGGCUGUUGCUGAGCUGAAGCUCAUGAGCAGCUUUAUGGGAACAAGAUGCUGGGAAACUGGGCUGGCUCUCCGAGGAGUUGUUGUCUCCUGCUGUGCUGGGGCUGUCAGGCAGUCACAGGAAAGCAACCUGUGUGGAGAGGCGUGCAGCAGCUGAUUUGUGUUGGGAAAUUUGAGCCCUGUCUGCCUCUCCCAAUUACCAUGUCCUGUAGCUCACCCUUCUUGAGAGUCCCCUCUGUACAACUCAUACCUGCUGCCUUUAAAUCUUGCAGUAUCUGCUGAAGGAUGCCCCAUAGCACCUGUUGCUAUCUGGGAUAGCCUUCUGAUACUUGGUAAUGGGCAUCCAGCCUCCAAAUCUCCAGGUGGAAAAACAAGUUUCAAGCCUCAAUUGUUGGCACUUGUGACUUGUAACUCGUGAUGCAGUACAGUUAGUGCUUCUUGCUCUGCUUAUUCUUUGGAGCAGGACAGGAAUCCAGCUGUCACCUGUUCCAGUUAAGGGUUCUGAUCAUCAGGCCAGAUGAGAGCUCAAGAAAUAGUAAUUUAAUAAAAUACAAAUCAGUUCCAGUGGGAAGGAACUGAGGAAGGUCUGUCUGAGCAGGCAGGGUUAGAAUUCUUGCUUGAGAUGUGUGACACUGGUUAUCUUUGCUUAUAUCCAUGUACUGCCCAACUAAAAUAUCCAUUAAUAUUAGGUUUAAUGGAACAAAUAAUUUUUUUGUUGAAUCAUAGGGAAAUCUGAAAGAGAUAGGAAAGAAGUGUUAAAGCAGUAUUAAAUAGUUUUGAUAGCAUAGCGAGAAGUAGCACAUGGAACCUGGUGAUAUGAAGAAAUUGGUUACGUGUCAGGUGGUGUUCCUUUGGGGGCAGGAGCCACCCCUUCCUCUGUAGUAGCUCAUGGAGCACAAAAAUCAGAUCAUGAAAAUGGUGUGAGUUACACAACUGGCCUGUCCAGGUGAACUUUGCAAGCACUCAAAUGUGUUGAAACAGAGGGGACAGCAGAGCAUUUCUAUGUCAUUUGGAAAAGAUGUCAAAAUCUGCUUGUCAGAGACAACCUAAGAGAACUAUAUAAUGCUUUGAGGGCUGCAGAAAUCCUGUAUUUUAAAAUAAAGUGCAGACAAGGCCAGCAUAUGCUUUAAGAGGAGCAUACACUACACCUUGACUAAAAAUGUCUGUGCAGUGACACAUGCACAGCUACAACUGGCCCUGCCAGUCUGGUGUUGGUGCACAGGAACACCUUGUUAGCUGGGUAUUCAGUUUAACUGCCCAACCAAACUGCUUAUUAGGUCAGAAUCUGACACUGAAUCAUGGUUUGCAAAAGUUGCUUUAGGAGUUGCUAUUGGGAAAAUAGUAACACAAAAAAGAUGUUAGACUGUGUAUCUAGAUUCAGCUCCACAGAUGCCAGGGAGAGUUGAUGGUCUCAUUCUGCCCUGAAAUAGGAAAAUGACAAGAUUUCUUGAUAGGAAGGGUGUGGGUAUACUCAAACAUCUUCACAAGUGGGAAGACCUCUUGGUGACAAAGGAUAUUAAUUCUGAGUAACAUUCAAGCCAAAUUUAGUGGGCUUUUCCAUGAAUGUUAUUGAACCACACUCUGCAGCUGCAUUUCAUUCUGGCUUCUUCAUCAUGGAAGAAAAUAUGCAUUUGAUCUACACAGUUGAAUUUUAACAUUUUAAUGAUAGCCCAUCCAAAAGUAAAACAGCAACUCAGACUGCUAAGAAAAACAAACAGGAACAGUACACAGCUGCUGAACCUGUGAGUUUAGAAUUGUUAGUGCCACACAGGAGCUGGCUUACAAACCUCUCACACAUUUCUCCAUUCAUCAGGCAGACAGUGAAGCCAUCCAUCUGCUGCUAUGGAUGUGAGAUGUGUUCCUGGGCUGGCCACUGCCCACCCUGGGCAGUCAACACUGCCAGUGCUGCUGCAGCUUUUCCCCAGUCCUCUGGGGCAUUGAUCACACUGGUUGUGUGAUACUGCAUGUCUGUGUGUGACAGUGCUGGGCUGCACUGCUGCCACACAGCCUGACCUUGGAGUAGUAUUGUUUAGUGCCAGUUAAAUGCUUUUCUUCAGCAUGACAAAUCCACACUGAUUUGACUGAGCAGUAAGUAUUUUUCAUUGGAGCCAUAGGUAGGUGUUUCAGGAGCUUAGGACCAUCCUGUUGUCCUUCCCCUCUUCUCUCCCAGCCAUUUAGGAAGUCAUCCUGUGAGAUGAGAAGGGGACCAGCUGUUAGCCUUGCCAGGGCCAUGGCCCUGCAGCUGUGGUGGAAUCCUCCUUGUGCCACCAGUAGGGCCAGGAGCAGGCUGACCUGAGCAGCAGGAGAACGUGAGUCAGGUUCACCUUGCUCUUAAUCCAUGUGAAGAUCUGUUGAAAGCACCUUCCAGAAACCCAAGAGCGUUCAGUCUCCUUAUAAAUUCUGUUGUGUCCAAGAACAGCCUGUCCAAAUGAGCAAGACAUCCCAACAGAACACCACCACAGAUGCGAGCGGAGUAAGUGUGAUUCACACCCAAGCACACUCCAGUGGUUUGCAGCAGGUUCCCCAGCUGGUGCCAGUUAGUCCUGGUGGUGGAGGCAAAGCUGUGCCUCCGAGCAAGCAGGGAAAGAAAAACUCCUUUGUGGAUAGAAACAGUGAUGAGUACCGUCAGCGCAGAGAGCGAAACAACAUGGCAGUGAAAAAGAGCCGGUUAAAAAGCAAGCAGAAAGCACAAGACACACUGCAAAGGGUCAACCAGCUUAAAGAAGAAAAUGAACGUUUAGAGGCAAAAAUUAAACUCCUGACCAAGGAGCUGAGCGUACUGAAAGACUUGUUCCUUGAGCAUGCCCACAAUUUUGCAGAUAAUGUGCAACCUGUUGGCACUGAGACCACCACAACAAAUCCAGAAAACAGUGGACAGUAGACACCUGCGACCUUAUGAAACAGACUCUUGAGGUGCAGCUUGUCUGCACUGCAGUGCCCAUGCAGUAACCAAGGAAAAACUGUACCUUUAGUCAUUGUUUUGUGGAGAUUUUCUUCUUUAAGAUUUAACACUGAAGAUUUGUAACAAUUAAACCAGAAACUGGUUAGGGUAUUUGUUUUAAAUAUUUUUUUCUCCUCAAAGAUUUAUGUAGAUCUGAACUCAUAGCCAACAAGGAAUGUAAUAUUUAGGAGAUAACAUUUUCACAGGAAUAUUCACUUACCAUUUUAGACUUCACAUGUUGGGAGGAAUCCAGCAGGAUGGCUCACUGUAGUAUCAGAAACUUGUAAUUGGAUAGAAUGUCUUUUAAAUACCUGUUAGUGUAUUUUAGCCCUUGGUUUUCUCCAUUACAUAUUACAAGCUGCGAAGGCUGCAGAGAAUUUUUUGCUUUUUACGUUAAAUCUGUACAACAAGUCCUAUGAAGCACCAUGUAGGUCCCUCCUGCCCAGGUAUUGUUAAUGGGGAGGUUGUAGUAAUAGUGAGCUGGGAUGCUUACCAAUGUUCAUCAGAAGAAUAACAAUAUGCUCUGAUAUGUAUGGGCAAUUGGCCUCCAAAUGGCACAGGAAGCAUCAUGUACAAGAGGCAAAGCAGCACACUGACAAAGCUUUUUAUUUAAGCUUGUAUUCAUAUUGCUUACAUAGUGACUGGGGCCUUAUGAGAACAAGAGUUUGUUUUCAGAAAGUUUCAGAAUGCUACCAAAAAACUGUGCCCUGCAAAAUGGCAUUCUUGCUGGGUAGGAGGUAUUGGGGAGAACGAGAAGUGCAGCUUGGCCUAGCAGUGAAAGGGGCAGGACAGCAGGUGUUCAGCUGGGAUGUAUGGAUCACUGCUGGUUGACAUCAAUCUUGAAGGAACUUACAGUGAUUUUAAAAAUAAAUGGCCCUAGUAUGAAAAACUGAUUUGGUGGAAUUUCUACAGCCAUUGUACAGCUGUGUGAAGGAAUAUCUUUAGUCUUGUUUUAUUUCCAUAGAAGUUUUUCUGUAGCAACUUUUUUAUUGCUACUGCUUAGUCUUUGCCAUGAUCCGUAAUGCAGUGCUAUGUGCUAUACUGAGGAUUUAAACAAAGUAAAACAGGAACCUGGAUGUAACUAAUUUAUUUUCAUUUUUAAAUAUUUCAUUGAUGGUAUGGUUAUUUUACAUUUAACCUGUGUGUCUGUCUUGUAGAUUACUACACUGUCUUAAUUUCCCUCUUACACUACCUUUGCCCAUAGAUUAUUUUGGAAGAUGCUUGUUUGCUUAGUAUCUGUACUUAGGAAAAAACUUGGAUGUUAUCUCUAUGAAGAUAUUGUUAGAGAAUGAAACCUUGAAAAGUUCUUUUUUGAAUUUAAACUUUUAAUACAUUUGGAUAACUUUAAUGGAUUGUUCUGGAUUAUGUUAGACUUUUUACAGAUGUGUUUUUUUCAUUCUAACUGCAUCUGAAGUUGGUAGGGUUGACAUACCAGAAGCUAAUAAAAAUGUUUUGCUUGUA